CGUGGAAAUUACCAGUUCAGCGUUGGGAGAAGCGUCAAAACACUUUAAACGGACGGACAGGUUUAUUCCAAACUACAUUUUAUACAAACUGAAGCUAUUUUACGCUAUUUUGUUUUUAUUUUUCACCUAUUGAGGAUGGAAAACUGAUGGCCUUUCUCAUGUUGGAGGCUAGCUGUUCACUCUGAAGGUGCAGGAUGAAAAGAUGGCACAGCUGCUUGUACCACCAGGUCCAGACAGCUUCCGCCCCUUUAGUCGCGAGUCUCUCAAAGCCAUCGAGAGCCGGAUCGCUGAGGAGAAAGCUAAGAAGCCCAAGAGAGAGAAGGGAGAGAAGAAAAAACGCAAUGAUGAGAAUGAGAUCAAGCCCCGCCGUGACCUGGAGGCGGGCAAACCCGUCCCUCCUUUGUAUGGGGACACACCUAAAGGCUUGGUGUCAACACCGCUGGAGGACCUGGAUCCCUGCUACUUCAAUCAGAAAACUUUCAUAGUAUUAAACAAAGGAAAUUACAUCUUCCGCUUCAACGCCGAUCCUGCCUUGUACCUCCUGAGCCCCUUCAACCUUAUUAGAAGAAUAUCAAUAAAGAUUUUGGUACACUCAUUGUUCAGUAUGGUGAUCAUGUGCACUAUCAUCGCCAACUGUGCAUUUAUGACCAUGAGUCCACCGCCUGACUGGGCAAAGAAUGUAGAGUACUCAUUUACUGCAAUCUAUACUCUGGAAUCCCUCAUCAAAAUUUUAGCUCGAGGGUUCUGCAUAGGGAAGUUCACGUUUCUAAGAGAUCCCUGGAACUGGCUGGACUUCAGCGUCAUUGUCAUGGCGUAUCUAACAGAGUUCUUGCCCCUUGGCAAUUUCACAGCUCUUCGCACAUUCAGAGUGCUGAGAGCCUUUAAAGCUAUUUCAGUUAUCCCAGGCCUGAAGACCAUCGUUGCUGCGCUGUUUCAGUCAGUGAAGAAGCUCGCUGAUGUCAUGAUCCUCACCGUGUUUUGCUUGAGCGUCUUUGCCCUCAUAGGGUUACAGCUGUUUAUGGGCCAUUUAAGGAACAAGUGUGUACUGAUAUAUUACGCAAAUAUCAGCACUGUCAACGAGACUGAGCAUAACCUCAACGAGAGUAAUUAUUAUAAACUUCCCGGCAGACGUGAUCCAUUGCUUUGUGGAGUCGGUCCUGGUACAUCAGGGGGGCUGUGUCCAGAGGGCUACGAGUGCAAAAAAGUGGGGAGGAACCCGGACUAUGGUUACACCAGUUUUGAUUCAUUUGGUUGGGCCUUCCUCUCUCUGUUUAGACUGAUGACACAGGAUUACUGGGAAAACCUUUACCAGCAGACGUUGCGGGCAGCGGGGAAGCCCUACAUGAUCUUCUUUGUGCUGGUGAUAUUCCUCGGUUCCUUCUACCUGAUCAACCUGAUCUUGGCUGUAGUGGCUAUGGCCUACGAGGAGCAGAGCCAGGCCACCAUGAAGGAGGAGAAGGAGAAGGAGGAAGAGUUUCAGGCCAUGCUUGAGCAGCUAAAACAGCAGCAAGAGGACGCUCAGGCAGCAGCAACUGCAGCUGCUGCAGAGAGCGGCGAGGCCACCGAUAAAGACGGUGUCCCAGAGAGCUCCUCUGAUGCCUCCAAGCUCAGCUCCAAAAGUGCCAAAGAGAGACGCAACAGGCGAAGAAAAAGGAAGGAAGAGGAAGGCAAGGGGGCCGAUGAGAAGGUUCCUAAAUCAGAGUCACAGGACAGUUUAAAGAAAGCUCGCUGCCGGUUCUCUGUCGAUGCAAACCAGCUCAACUAUGACAUGAAAUGCUCGUCCGUUCAUCAGUCCUUUCUGAGUUUUCGUGGACCCCUGUUCUCAUCCACACGGAACAGCAGGACCAGUCUUUUCAGUUUUGGAGGCCAUGCGCAGGAUGUCGGCUCAGAAAAUGAGUUUGCUGAUGAUGAAAACAGCAUUUUUGAGGAUAGUCUGAGUAGGAGGGGCUCUUUAUUUCUUCCCCGACGUUGUGACCGACGCAGCAGCAGUAUGAGCCAGUGCAGCUUCUUGCCCCAUCUCCUACUUCCAACCAAUGGGAUCAAGCACAGUUCUGUAGACUGCAAUGGGGUUGUGUCUCUGAUGGGUGGGAAUUCACUCCCAUCAUCACCUGUGGGUCUUCUUCUGCCUAAAGUGACAGUAGAUACGGCCUCCACUGGAGACAAUGCUGAUACUACUGACACAGAGUGCAGACAGGCUGGUGGAGGAACACACCCAGAGUUUAAGGACCUCCUUGAGGAACCAGGGGCCAGGCAGAGAGCUCAUAGUGUAGCUAGUGUCAUAACCAGCACAAUGGAGGAGCUCGAGGAAUCAAGGCAGAAGUGUCCUACAUGGUGGUACGACUUUGCGGAGACCGUCCUCAUCUGGGAAUGUUGUCCAGAGUGGCUGAAGUUCAAGAGGGUGGUUAAACUAGUCGUGAUGGAUCCAUUUGUGGACCUAGCCAUCACCAUCUGCAUCGUACUCAACACCUUGUUUAUGGCGAUGGAGCAUUAUCCAAUGAAUGAAGAUUUUAGCUGUAUGCUGUAUGUGGGAAAUGUGGUAUUCACUUGCAUCUUCACGGCUGAAAUGGUCUUCAAAGUCAUCGCCAUGGAUCCAUACCAUUACUUCCAGGAGAGAUGGAAUAUUUUUGAUGGAAUCAUUGUUACUUUAAGCUUGAUGGAGUUUGGUUUGGCAGGGAUGGGUGGAAUGUCUGUUCUGAGAUCAUUCAGAUUGCUGAGGGUAUUCAAGUUGGCCAAAUCGUGGCCCACUCUUAACACACUGAUCAAAAUAAUAGGUAAUUCAGUGGGUGCUUUGGGAAACCUGACGCUGGUGUUGGCCAUUAUCGUCUUCAUCUUUGCUGUGGUGGGCAUGCAGCUCUUUGGAAAAAACUACAAGGACUGUGUGUGUAAAAUAAAUCCUGAAUGCACUCUACCCCGUUGGCACAUGAAUGACUUCUUCCAUUCAUUCCUCAUUGUGUUCCGAGUGCUUUGUGGAGAGUGGAUAGAGACCAUGUGGGACUGUAUGGAGGUGUCUGGGACGGCCAUGUGCAUCAUUGUCUACAUGAUGGUCAUGGUUAUAGGAAACCUUGUGGUGCUGAACCUGUUCCUGGCCCUGCUGCUGAGUUCAUUCAGUGCUGACAACCUGGCAGCCAAUGAAGACGACGUCGAAAUGAACAAUUUGCAAGUUGCCAUUGGACGGAUUCACAAAGGCUUUGCCUCUGUAAAGUCCAUGCUUCGGAGAAGCUGCAGCAGUGGCUGUUUCAGGAGGAAGUCGAAAGGAAAGGGCGAGGACAAAUCCCCAGAUGAGCACAAACCUUUAGGGCCGAAUGGUGUCCCCAACCACACCAUCAAAGACUUUGCUAAGAAUGGAAAUGGGGAUGUGACAGGAGUGGAUAAAAAUGGAGAUAGAUACAUAGUCAGCAGCCAAAGCGGUGAUUCCAUUAUGUCUUUCAUCAACAAUCCUAGUCUGACUGUCACUGUUCCCAUUGCUGUGGGAGAGUCUGACUUUGAAAACCUCAACACGGAGGACUUCAGCAGUGCCUCAUCUGAACUAGGAGCAUGCCCAGUGAUUGUAGAUGACGAUUGCCAGUCCAGCUCUUCUGAGGGCAGCACAAUAGAUGGUCAAGAAGGGGAAGAGUCUCUCGUCUUAGAAGUGGAAGAAUUUAUGGAACCUGACGCCUGCUUUCCUCCUGGCUGUGUGCAAAAGUUCAAGUGUUGUCAGGUAAAUGUGGAAGUGGGCUGGUGGAAGGUUUGGUGGACUCUUAGAAAGACCUGUUACCGGAUUGUGGAGCACAACUGGUUUGAGACCUUCAUUGUCUUCAUGAUCCUGCUCAGCAGUGGAGCACUGGCAUUUGAAGACGUGUAUAUUGAGAAGAGGAAGACCAUUAAAACCAUUUUGGAGUUUGCAGACAAAAUCUUCACCUACAUCUUCAUUUUGGAGAUGGUACUGAAGUGGGUGGCAUAUGGAUAUGCCAAGUAUUUUACAAAUGCCUGGUGCUGGCUGGAUUUCCUUAUUGUUGAUGUCUCACUGGUCAGUAUGGUUGCCAAUGCAAUAGGAUAUUCUGAACUCGGUGCCAUCAAAUCUCUGAGGACCCUUCGAGCUCUGAGGCCAUUGAGAGCCCUGUCUCGGUUCGAAGGCAUGAGGGUGGUUGUCAAUGCCCUGCUUGGAGCAAUUCCUUCCAUCUUCAAUGUGCUGCUGGUAUGUCUCAUCUUCUGGCUCAUCUUCAGCAUCAUGGGAGUCAACUUAUUUGCGGGGAAGUACGGCCGUUGUGUAGACAAUUUGACAGAUCGGCAGUUCCUUCCAUCAGAGGUGCAAAAUAAAUCAGACUGUGAGAAAAUGGUAGGGGCUCGCUGGAAGUACUACAAAAUCAGCUUCGACAAUGUUGGCUUGGGUUAUCUUGCACUGCUGCAAGUGGCCACAUUCAAGGGCUGGAUGGACAUCAUGUAUGCUGCUGUGGACUCUCAGAAAAAGGAAGACCAACAACCAGAAUAUGAGAUCAACCUCAUUAUGUACAUGUAUUUUGUUGUUUUCAUCAUAUUUGGAGCCUUCUUCACACUUAAUCUCUUUAUUGGUGUCAUCAUAGACAAUUUCAAUCAGCAAAAGAAAAAGUUUGGAGGUCAAGACAUCUUCAUGACCGAAGAACAGAAGAAAUACUACAAUGCUAUGAAAAAGCUGGGGUCAAAGAAACCACAAAAACCUAUUCCUAGACCAUCAAACAGAUUUCAAGGAUUCGUCUUUGACCUCAUCACAAAACAAGCAUUCGAUAUUCUAAUAAUGGUUCUAAUUGUGCUUAAUAUGGUAACCAUGAUGGUGGAAACUGAAGAACAGUCGCAACAAAAGCAAGAUGUUCUUUUCUGGAUAAAUAUAGUAUUUAUUAUCGUCUUCUCGGCAGAGUGUUUGUUGAAGAUGAUCGCACUUCGCCAAUACUUUUUCACAAAUGGUUGGAAUGUGUUUGAUUUUAUCGUCGUCAUCCUGUCAAUCAUUGGUGUGUUUCUUUCAGAGUUGAUCGAAAAGUAUUUUGUUUCCCCUACGUUGUUCAGAGUCAUCAGAUUGGCUCGGAUUGGCCGCGUCCUCCGCCUUAUUAAAAGUGCCAAAGGAAUCCGCACACUCCUGUUUGCCUUGAUGAUGUCACUUCCUGCCUUGUUCAACAUUGGUCUCUUGCUCUUUUUGGUGAUGUUUAUCUAUGCCAUUUUUGGUAUGUCAAACUUUGCUUAUGUCAAGAGGGAAAAAGGCAUCGACGACCUUUUCAAUUUCGAGACAUUUGCCAACAGCAUGAUCUGUUUGUUCCAGAUCACCACCUCAGCAGGGUGGGAUGGCCUUCUUGCUCCCAUUCUCAACAAAGGUUCAGACGAUUGUGACAGUAGCAAAGAGCAUCCUGGCACUGCUGUUAAGGGAGAUUGUGGAAAUCCUCCUGUGGGGAUUGCCUUCUUUGUGAGCUACAUCAUCAUCUGUUUCCUGGUUGUGGUGAAUAUGUACAUUGCAGUUAUCCUGGAAAACUUUGGCGUCGCCACAGAGGAGAGCGCAGACCCACUAAGUGAGGAUGAUUUUGAAAUGUUUUAUGAGGUCUGGGAAAAGUUUGAUCCACAUGCAACACAGUUCAUGGAGUACAAUAAACUGGCAGAGUUUGCAGAUAGUCUGGACCCACCCUUACGCAUAGCCAAGCCUAACAAAAUGGAACUGAUCUCAAUGGAUCUACCCAUGGUGAGUGGGGAACGCAUUCACUGCCUGGACAUCCUGUUUGCAUUCACAAAACGUGUUCUGGGUGAGGGUGGGGAGAUGGACGUCCUAAGAGCGCAGAUGGAGGAACGCUUCAUGGCUUCCAAUCCUUCCAAAGUGUCCUACGAACCCAUCACGUCCACUCUGCGCCGCAAACAGGAAGACACAUCAGCUGUUGUCAUCCAGAGAGCAUUCAGAGAGUAUGCUAAGCAACAUGCUAGCAUGAAACGCUCCGACAUGUUGAGUAAGAACAUUCAGAAGGAUGAAACACACAUUGACAAAGACAAACUCCGAAACUGCGAAGACAUUUCUGAAGCCGAUAAUAGUGAACUGACGCCUUCAGCAGCUCCUCAACCUUCAUGUAACAGCGUAACAGCAAAUGGAAGAAACAAAUAUGAAAAAGACAAAAGUGAAAAGGAGGUUGAGGGCAAAGAUGUCAGAGAGCAAUAGUAGCAAAAGAAAUGCUGGACAUGCAACAAAGACAUUGAAUUAAUGUUUACAACCUUUGAAAGUGACUAAGACAUCCAUUGGACUCCCUUCCCUAGAAUGGAUAUCUAUGCCAAACUGACCAUGCUUACUUGAGUCUAUAGUUAGUGUAAUGUGGCUCUGUAAUGGGACAAUUUUGGCUGUGUUCAGGAGCAAGGAUGCCUUUUGACUGUUUGCGGGGAUGGCUAAGUGUUCUGAAAGACACAUUAGUUAAUGCAUUAACUUCUACUGCGGCUAGUUCUGCUAUCCAGUGUCUUGAAUUAUUGUUAUAUCACUGAAUGUUGUAUUACUUUACUAACUUUUUUUUUUUUUUAGCAGAAAAUGGGUUUUUAUGUUAUUGCUUAAAGAAUUCAUAGUUUUGUUAACUGACUUUUUAUACACUUUUUUUUACUCUUCAAAAGGCUUGUUCCUUCAGGGGUAGUCUUUACAACGAGCAGCAUUGCUUUGAGGUUAGUCUUGCUUGCUGAUAUUGCUACAAAUCCAAGAGAGUUGCUGAAGUUAACUAGAAAUGUAGACAUGCAUGAAUGUUUCUCCAUGAUUAGGCAUGCUAGAGUGUACUAUUCUCAUCAUGCUCUCUCCUUGUCCUUCAUGCUUCAAGUAAAGUCAUGAAAUGGCUGGGUUUUUUUAUGCAUUAUGGAACUAUAGUCUACAGUCCAAACGAAUCAGCCGAGGGUGUUGAUUAUGUUUGCUUAUCAGUGUCAGAGCAGUAACACUUGGCAGAAAUACUUUGCACAUUCAGUUUUAUUGAAUCAAAGAAAAUUCAGACUUCAUCUCAGCCUGCUUGGUGCUACAUAUGUACCGUUUAUAACAUUGGCAGUUAUGUACAGAUUUUUAUCACAAAACUGUGCAAAAGAAAGCUUUUCAAAGCUGAAAAUUUGAGAAAAAGAAAAUCUUACUCGCCCUGUUUUAAAUUACCUCGUUUGACCACAAAUCUGACAGUUGGCUCCAGGAGGAGAUUAGCUGUGAUAUUAUCUAUUUGUAGGACAGCUGUAUUACAUCACAUUUUCGACAUCUCCAAAAUGCAGGUCCCCCUUUGUGUGUCUACCUUUGGCUCAUUGUGAUUGCUUUCUUUCCUGUUUGUUUUUGACGAUGGACCUCAGUAUAAUGGUUUUGAAAUGAUGGAAUUUAUGGAACCACUACUAUUUAUCACGUGUGAUAUGAAACCAAAUGUAUUCUCCAUGAUAUGCUGCAUUCAGGUGGACAAGGAUUCGAUAAAAAAAAUGAAAAUGUCUAUGAAAACGGUUACAUGGACUGUAACUUUUUCUUCAGAAGACAAAGCCCUGUGUUUGAUGACUGGUGAUGUUAUAUGACUGUCAUAUUAGCUUUACUUUUCAACCUUUGACUGCAUAUUUUACGUUGAAAUGGGGACUGAGGGAAAAUGGUUCUUUUAGGUUUUUGUGUGCUUUGAAAACUGUUUUUUUCACAGUUUACCUCUCAAUCUUUAUCAUGAUUAAUAUCUAAGUUGGAUGAAAGACUGCUCAGAAUAUUCAGAAUGAUUGUCUCAAGGACAUGGCAUCACACAUCUCAAGUUUCCUACUUCUGUUUACAUUUUAUAGUGGCAAUUGUGUUACUUUUGUCGGUUCUUCCCAUAGCUACGGCAGCCACCCUAAACUGUGUCACAACUACAUCUGUUGUUCCAUGUUAUAAAAGUAUAAUUCCAUUCUUGUAUAUUAAGUAUAUUUUGCAUGUAAUUAAAACGUUCAAUACUUACACUAUACUUUAUGCACAAUGAAAGAAUGUUUUGAUUACACAGAAUUCUCCCAUCAUUCAUAUGCAUAAUGCUUGUAGUGGAUAAAUAAACUGCAUGCAAGACAUCGCUAUAACCCAUUUCACUGAAACGCCAAAAGA